CUCCUCCCCAAGGUGGAAGACGGGUUAACUGCCAGGUCGCCGGCGUCCCCUAGAGGUGGAGUGGCUCUAAACUUCUGGUGGCCAAUGGCCACGAUGAAUAGAGAAUUCUGCCCGAUGAGGCUGAAAACCGAGCUUAGGUGGAGCCAGCAGACAGGGCAGAACAGCGGUGCCUACUGUGUGCCGCGGCUGCCAGAGGGAGCCAUGAGCUGGACCUGCCCGGGAUGCCAGCAACCCGUUUUCUUUGCAGAGAAGGUGAGCGCCCUGGGCAAGAACUGGCACCGUUUCUGCCUGAAAUGUGAGCGCUGCCGCAGCGUCCUGUCUCCCGGGGGGCAUGCAGAGCACAAUGGGAGGCCAUAUUGCCACAGGCCAUGCUAUGGGGCUCUCUUCGGACCCAGGGGGGUGAACAUUGGUGGUGUGGGCUCCUACCUCUACAACCCCCCUCCCACCCCUGCCAGGACCAUUCCCCUCACCCCCAGCAGCUUUAGCCCCCCCAGACCCAGGACUGGCCUCCCCCAGGGCAAGAAAAAUCCUCCCCACAUGAAGACUUUCACUGGGGAGACCUCCAUGUGCCCUGGCUGCGAGGAACCUGUCUAUUUUGCUGAGAAGGUGAUGUCUUUGGGCAAAAAUUGGCACCGACCCUGCCUGAGGUGCCAGCGCUGCCGGAAGACGUUGACCGCCGGGAGUCAUGCUGAGCAUGACGGCGCCCCCUACUGCCACAUCCCCUGCUACGGCUACCUGUUUGGCCCCAAAGGUGUGAACAUUGGUAACGUAGGCUGCUACAUCUAUGACCCUGUGGAGAUAAAAUCCAAAUGAGAUGCUCACAGGAGAGGUCACCCUAACUCGGCCUUCCACCAUCCCCUCCGUGGUCCAGGAGGAGCUACAGAAUUCUCCAGUCCCGUGAGGAUGGGGGAAGGUGGGAUUCUGGUGGCCUGGGCCUAAGCCCAUGGUAGACCAGAAUCUAGAUUUUCUCUGCCAACUCCUUUCCCAUUCUUAUCUGGGGACACAGUCCACCCCAUUCUGAAGGCUGGCCUCCUGGCCUCCCUAAUCCCUUUCCCCAGCAAAUUCUGGAACUUCAGGGUAUGUAAAAGUUUGUGUUUAUUCUCAGCUUCUCUGGCUUCUCCAAUAAAAUAUU